UGGGCAAAAGGCUCCUAGUAGUUCCUGUGGCUUUGAUUGACCAAAAAACAAGCUCACUACUCUAUAUAUAAACCUUCCUCAGCUCCCUUCUUUCCCAUUCAUUUUCUUCCAUUUCAUUUGAUCGCUCCAUUCUUUGAAUUCUCAUUCCUUCCGCAAUUCUCACUCCAACUUUUCAAUAGCAACUCUUCCACCCAAUUAUCCUUUCACUCCAUUCCCAAACUAACCUUCAGUUUCAUUGCUCCAACACUCUCAAUCACCACCACCACCCUCAUCUUUGCAAGGUCUAUAAAUCAAACUAGAUUUUCGUUCGUUUUCUUUAAUUCUUUCAUCUCUUCAUACUGGUUUCCCGAAAGAGGCAUUUUUCAAUUGCAGCGUGUCAAAAAUUCAAACCCCAUGGAACGCGAACAAUGCCGCGCGUGGAAACCCUAAUUGCGCCCCCGACCAACCAUGACCAACGGCGGAGAAAGAGCCGCGCCGGACGACUACGGCCGAGCCGCAGCACGUCUCGCGGUGGCGCAGCUCUGCAACGCCGCUGGGUUCCACGGCGCCACUGCCUCUGCGCUGGACGCCUUCGUCGACGUCGCAAUCCGCUACCUCCUCGACGUAGGCAGAACCGCGGAGUCCCAUGCGAACCACUCCGGCCGAUCGCAGUGCACCGUCUUCGACGCGAUUCGCGGCUUCGAGGACCUGGGAGCGCCGCGAGCCUUCUCCUGCCCCGGCGGAGUAAGAGAUAUCGUGAGUUUCGUGGAAUCGGCGGACGAGGUUCCGUUCGCUCAACCGAUUCCUCGGUUUCCGGUCGUUCAGGAACGACGUCGCAUUCCGAGUUUUGAUCAGAUGGGGGAGACUCCACCGUCGAAGCAUAUUCCCGCGUGGUUACCGGCUUUGCCAGAUCCGCAUACGUAUAUUCACACUCCGGUGUGGAAUGAGAGGGUUUCUGAUCCUCGUGAAGAUAAAAUUGAACAAGCUAGGCAGCGUAGGAAGGCUGAGAGGUCGUUGUUGAGUUUGCAGAAACGUUUGUUGUUGCGUAAUGGUUCAGUGGAAGCUAAAGCAAGAACAUCCGCUUCACCAGAUAGUACUGUUUUGGAAACUCAAGGCGUUGGUGAUGACCAUAAGGAUGUUGAUAAAGAUGUUGCUCCGGUUGUUAAGGUUUCAGUUUUGGAUGAGGGUAAUGUUGGUGACAGGAACCGUGUUUCGGUGUUGGAGGCGUUUGCUCCGGCAAUUGAGAUGCUUGGGAGUGGAGGGUUGGGUGGUGAUGAAGAUGAUGGGUUGGGAGAGAGAGAAAGAAGUGAGCUUCCUGUUGUGAGACCUACUGUGCAUUUUAAGUUUAGGACUGGGAAAAAGUUCAUUGGGGAGUCGUUGGAUAUGAGAAUUCGGAAUAAGGAUGCGUCACGGACGGUGGCAUUGGUUGGGAGAGAAGAUGAGAGGGAUGAUAAGAAAAGGAGGGCUGAGUAUAUUCUCAAACAGUCUAUGGAGAACCCGCAGGAACUCACUCUGUUGUAGAUUGAUUAGUGCAUUUAUGGACUUGGGCGUUGUUGAUUUGCGUUAAAGAGGGCUGAGGGUGGAUUGGAAAUUAAGGGCUUUCGAUGCUUUGUGAGGACUUUGUAGAAUCAUUCUUAACAUGUUUUUAGAGCAGUUCAAUUUGUUUCUUUUCUUGAUAGUGUAGCUGUAAUUUGUUAAUGGAUUUUUUAACAAAAAGCUCUUCUGUCCGCUUCUCAUAUUGUACUUUACUCACCAAAUUCAAUUGAAUCAAUACACUGAAUUUUCUAUGCA